AUGUCAUCUCAGAAUUUCAGAAUCUUAGAAUCUCAGAAUCUUAGAAUCUCAGAAUCUCAGAAUCUCAGAAUCUCAGAAUCUCAGAAUCUCAGAAUCUCAGAAUCUCAGAAUCUCAGAAUCUCAGAAUCUCAGAAUCUCAGAAUCUCAGAAUCUCAGAAUCUCAGAAUCUCAAAAUCUCAGAAUCUCAGAAUUUCAGAAUCUCAGAAUCUAAGAAUCUCAAAAUCUCAAAAUCUAAGAAUCUCGAAAUUUCUGAUCAAUCAGUUUCUUAAAUGCUUUAAACAGUUUACCUCGUAUUUCCAACAAAAUGUAUACCGUACACACUCUAAACAGGGUUCCACCCAAUCUGUCAACUUUAAGUCAAUUUAUCUCAGUUUCUCGUAA